GUCUCCACAGAGAGAAAACUGCUGCAGGGCAUGGCUAGCAGGAACCACACAGCCGUGACACAGUUCUUCUUUGUGGCUUUGUCCAACAUCCUGGGGCUCCGAGUUUCCCUUUUUUUUCUGGUGCUGGUUUUCUACCUCAUCACCUUGGUGGGCAACAUUGUCAUCAUCACGAUCACAGUGAUGGACCCUGCCCUUCGCUCCCCCAUGUAUUACUUCCUCCGAAAUUUGUCCUUUCUGGAAAUUGGCUACACCUCGUCCACCAUCCCCAAGAUGCUGGUGAACUUCCUCUCCAAAGACACGAGUAUUUCCUUCCUGGGUUGUGCCACACAGAUGUAUUUCUUCUCUUUCUUAGGGAUCACGGAGUGCUGCCUGCUGGCCACCAUGGCAUACGACCGUUAUGUGGCCAUCUGUCACCCUCUGCACUAUACUGCCAUGAUGAGCAUAGGUAUUUGCCUCCAGCUCUCAGCUAUGUGCUGGCUCAUUGGGGUGCUGGUGGGAGUCGGGCAGACAACUUUCAUAUUCACACUGCCCUACUGUGGGCCCAAUAGGAUCAACCACUUCUUCUGCGACCUGCCCCCGCUGCUGAAGCUGGCCUGCACGGACACCUACAGGAACGAAGUAGCUAUUUACACAAUCUCUGUCACCUUCAUCAUGGUCCCCUUCCUGCUCAUAUUGGUGUCCUAUGUCCGUAUCCUCCAAGCGAUCCUCAGUAUUCCAUCAGCCGCGGGCAGGAGCAAAGCCUUCUCCACCUGCUCCUCCCACCUUAUUGUGGUGACCUUGUUUUUCGGGUCCGGCAUCGUGACGUAUCUGAGGCCCAGAUCCAGCUACUCCCUCAACACCGACAAACUGCUUUCCCUGUUCUACUCAGUGGUGUCCCCAAUGCUGAACCCUUUGAUCUACAGCCUGAGGAAUAAGGAGGUGAAGGAAGCUCUGAGAAGGGUGAUGGCCAGGAAAAUAUUCAUUUGA